CCCUCUUCUCUCGGCUCCAGCCGGCGCAAGCACCCGCGGCGGCAGCAGGCGAGCUGCGGCCCAGCGAGGCCAUGAAGGUGAAGAAGGGCGGCGACGGGGCCGGAACGGGGGCGGAGCCGGCUCCCGGGGCCUUGGGCCCGAGCGUGGAGCCCAGGCCGGAACCGCAGCUGCAGGCGGAAUCCGAGUCUGGGUCCGAGUCGGAGCCGGAGGCAGGCCCAGGGCCCAGGAUAGGGCCGCUGCAGAGGAAGCAGCCCAUAGGGCCCGACGACGUACUGGGGCUGCAGCGGAUCACAGGCGACUACCUGUGCUCCCCCGAGGAGAAUAUCUACAAGAUCGACUUUGUCAGGUUCAAGAUCCGGGACAUGGAUUCAGGCACUGUCCUCUUUGAAAUCAAGAAGCCCCCAGCCUCAGAGCGGUUGCCCAUCAACCAGCGGGACCUGGACCCCAGUGCUGGGCGCUUUGUCCGCUACCAGUUCACACCUGCUUUCCUCCGCCUGAGGCAGGUGGGAGCCACGGUGGAGUUCACAGUGGGAGACAAACCUGUUAACAACUUCCGCAUGAUAGAGAGGCACUACUUCCGCAACCAGCUGCUCAAAAGUUUUGACUUCCACUUUGGCUUCUGCAUCCCCAGCAGCAAGAACACCUGUGAACACAUCUAUGACUUCCCCCCGCUCUCCGAGGAGCUGAUCAAUGAGAUGGUCCGUCACCCGUAUGAAACACAGUCUGACAGUUUCUACUUCGUGGAUGACCGGCUGGUGAUGCACAACAAAGCAGACUAUUCCUACAGUGGGACACCCUGACUCCCAAACCAGCCCGUAAACAGGAGGGUCCUGGGCCCUCACUUGUGACCUCCCCAGCAGCCACCUCUCACUCCCAUGUCUUCUGCCUGGGAGUGUUCCAGAAGCCCUGGACCCUGAGUCAGUGUUGGGAGGGAGGGUGCCUGAUGUCCCCAGUCCACGUCCGUGAAGCCUCUGGGACCUGGCAUAUGAUGUGGGGUGAUAGGGGGGCUGUUUGCCUCUGCAUCCAGGAAGGCCUGUGAGAGGAGUAGCCAGGACUUCCACACAGCCUAGCUGGGCCUUCUAGGCCCAAGGUUCAGAAUAGUUGCCCUAUCCAGGCUGACUAGGUCAGGGCAGGGACCCAUUCCCUGGCCACCACCGACAGGCCAUUUAGUGUUGUAAAUCCACAGACUGAGGUCAUUGAUGGGGUCUGGCUGCCAGACUUCCCAAGGGAGUCUGGGCCCUGUCCCCAGUCCAGCUUCCACCACUGGGGUGAGACACUGCCUGAGGUGUGGGAGGGCCUGGCCGAGCCUGCAGCUUGUGAUGGGGACUGGACCCACUGUAUAUAGUUUUCAAUAAACUCUUUUCUCUUUUUCUGA